GUCCUUGCCCAGCCCUUGGAAGAACACCAUGUGCCUGAGCCAACCCCCGCUCGCCUCACCGCCACAGGUCAGGGACGCCGACGACGCCAAGACGUUCUCCGCCACCCUGGACGCCAUGGCCACACGCCGACCCUCCUGGACCACGCUGCGCGGAGUCUUCAAACAGCCCGCCAGCUCGGCCAGACCCGGACUGCCCCGCCGGUUCCACACCAAGAUCAACCUCAACGAGUACUGGGGCGUCCUCGAGAAGGUCGUCAAGGUGGAGGUGUCGUGGUCGCAGACCGCCAAGGAUGCAGAGCGCGCGCGCGCGGCCGCCGCCGCCGUCGUCGCCAUGGACGUGGACAACGAGGUGAACGAGAACCUGGCCAACGAGCGCGCCGAGCAGUCACGCAUGGACGUGGACGUCAGCGAGGAGGCCAUCGAUCUGACGCCAGCCUCCCGCAAGGACGACAGCCAGCUCCAGGAGAACGUACCCGUGGUACAGGUUAUCGACCAGGUGCCCGUCUACCCCAUGAAGGAUGACAUCGCCGCGGUGGCGCGCAAGAGCCCCUGCAAGGUGAAGGCGGAGUCCUCCCCCUCGCGGCGCGAGAAGGCGCGCCGGCGGUCCGCCCCUGCCUCCCCCGCCGCCCCCCUCCACUGCGGAGGGUCCUGCGCCCCGUCGCCAUCCCGCCGGGUCCCGCUCGGCACCAUCAACGGCCUGGAGAGUCGCGGCCAGCUAAAAAAGAACCUGUCACCGCUGUCAGCGUUCGCAGACAAUUUAGCGCGCAGAAUUGCGCGACAGUACUGAAUGAGCAGCGUUUAGCUGUUUAAAUAGCUGCUUUAUCUCUGUAACGAUUGUGGUACGAAAGCUUUAACUAGAGUUUAUUGUCUUGAGCUUUAAUUAGUUUGUACGUGUUGCUUUCUUUUAAUUGUUAACUGAGAAUGUUUAGGUUUUGUUUUCAAAAAAAUU